AUGGCGAGCAGGUAUUGGGUGGUGUCUCUGCCGGUCCAAAACUCGGCGUCGUCUCUAUGGAACCGUCUCCAGGAACAAAUUUCCAAGCAUUCCUUCGAUACUCCCCUCUACAGAUUCAAUAUUCCUAAUCUCCGUGUUGGAACUCUGGAUUCUCUUCUCUCCCUCAGCGACGAUCUCUUGAAGUCCAACAAUUUUGUAGAGGGUGUUUCUCACAAGAUCAGGCGCCAGAUCGAGGAACUGGAGAGGGUUUCAGGCGUGGAGAGCAGCGCACUCACUGUCGAUGGUGUACCUGUUGAUUCUUACCUUACUAGGUUCGUUUGGGAUGAAGCCAAGUACCCUACAAUGUCGCCUUUGAAGGAGGUCGUAGACAGCAUUCAUGGUCAAGUCGCAAAGAUUGAGGAUGAUCUGAAGGUUCGCGUAGCUGAGUAUAACAAUGUCCGCAGUCAACUUAAUGCUAUCAACAGAAAGCAGAGUGGAAGCUUAGCAGUCCGUGAUAUUUCCAAUUUAGUGAAACCAGAGGACAUCGUUACCUCAGAACAUCUAGUGACCCUCCUUGCAGUUGUUCCCAAGUAUUCUCAGAAGGAUUGGCUAUCAAGCUAUGAAACCUUGACUAACUAUGUGGUCCCUAGGUCCUCUAAGAAGUUAUUUGAAGAUAAUGAAUAUGCACUUUACACUGUAACACUGUUUAAUCGGGUCGCAGAUAAUUUUAGAACAAGUGCUCGUGAAAAGGGGUUCCAAAUUCGUGAUUUCGAAUACAGUUCUGAAGCACAAGAAAGUCGAAAGCAGGAGUUAGAAAAAUUGGUGCAAGACCAAGAAAAUUUAAGAAGCUCCCUUUUGCAGUGGUGCUAUGCCAGUUAUGGAGAGGUUUUCAGCUCCUGGAUGCAUUUUUGUGCUGUACGUGUCUUUGCAGAGAGUAUUCUGAGAUAUGGUUUACCACCAUCUUUCUUGGCAUGUGUCUUAGCUCCGACUACAAAAAGUGAGAAGAAAGUACGUUCAAUCCUUGAAGGGUUGUGCGAUAGUGGUAACAGUACCUUCUGGAAAACUGACGAUGAAGUUGGGGGAGCGAUGGCUGGUCUAGGAGGCGAUGCUGAUGCACAUCCAUAUGUUUCAUUCACAAUCAAUCUUGUUUGA